AUGCAAACCGAAAAGCUGAGAAGAAUCUUUGAAGGAUUAAAUGUUGUGUCGGGUGGAAAGGUCACGUGGCUUGUUUCUAUGUUCGCUUUGACUUUAACGAGAAAUCAAGUUGCUAUCAAGGUCAUUUGUAAUGACUGCGAAAUUAACUUUAGUGCUUUAAUUACCAUUCAGAUAUCAAAAUAA